AUUGGCGUGGCCACAGGAAUCGAAUCAUUGAUCGAAGGUGAGGAGGAGGCCCAAAGCUGCAGAAAAAGGUAAAAGAGAACAGAUUUGUGCGUGUCUGAGGAGGGUCGCAGAAGUGUCCCUAUCAGAUUCCCAAAAGCAAAAUUGGCUUCUCGCCGUCCCCUAAAGCUCAUAAAGUGCGUUUCGUUCGUCUCCAGCUCGGCCAGUCAGAGUUCCUCUGGGUCUCUAUGUUCCCCACAUCACGGCCGCAUCCACUACUAAUUUAGUUAUAUGGUUUGUCUCGACGUGCACAAAAUGAAUUUCUCCGCUCAGGAGCAUUGAUUUCAAUUUUGCGGAAGUCAGGAUUUGAAUUAGCUCUAUAUUUUGCGUUUUUAUGGCGUUUGUGAGCAGAAUUGCUGCUUCGUCGUCCCCAACCUCACUCGAAUCGAGAGAGAGGAGAUGCUUUGCCGUCAAGCCGAUUUUUAGGGUUCGUUGUGCAUCGCGUUCGGAAAGGGCGUCGCCUUUCACGGAGAAGCAUUCGGCCGAGAGGUACAAACGGGACAGCUGGCUGUACAACACCCAGCAGCAGCAGCAGCCGUCUUGUGCUUCUUGUCCGAUUCCUCCAGAUGAAGAAUUUGUCAGGGAUUACGACAUAGCUCUGCAGCUUCCGGAGCUUAGAAAAUUACUCGACGUGCUGAGAGAAAAGAGGGAGAGAGAAAAUGGCGUCCGGCAAGGAGGACCCGGAAAUGUUUUCUUGGUGGGGACGGGACCUGGGGACCCGGAAUUGCUCACGCUCAAAGCCUUGCGAGUGAUCCAGGGGGCUGAUCUCUUGUUGUACGACAGGUUGGUGUCAAACGAUGUAUUGAAUUUGGUGGGACCCGAUGCUAGGCUUCUGUAUGUUGGCAAGACUGCAGGGUACCAUAGCAGAACUCAGCAGGAGGAGAUUCAUGAAUUACUUCUGAGCUUUGCUGAGGCUGGGGCGAAUGUAGUGAGGCUCAAAGGUGGGGAUCCAUUGGUUUUUGGAAGGGGUGGGGAAGAAAUGGAUUAUCUGCAGCAACAAGGCAUUGCUGUUAAAGUCAUUCCUGGGAUAACAGCUGCCUCAGGAAUAGCUGCAGAGUUAGGGAUUCCAUUGACACACAGAGGUGUGGCGAACAGCGUCAGAUUUCUCACCGGCCACUCCAGAAAGGGAGGUACAGAUCCUCUGUACGUCGCAGAGAGUGCCGCUGAUCCUGAUUGCACUCUUAUCGUGUAUAUGGGUCUCGCGACGCUCCCUUCCCUGGCUGCGAAGCUGAUGUUCUAUGGCUUGCCUGAUGACACGCCUGCUGCUGCUAUCGAGCGAGGAACCACACCCCACCAGCGAAUUGUGUUUGCUGCACUGAAGGAUCUUGCUGAUGAGAUCGCCGCGCAGCAGUUGGUCUCGCCGACCUUGAUCAUCAUCGGGAAAGUUGUAGCACUUUCACCAUUAUGGCAGCCUGCUGCUGACCGGACUUCUUCACUGGUGGAAACAAGAUAGCAGCUUUUCUUUCGCAGGCAGAAGAAUCGAGCUUCUGACUGUCGGUAUACGGUCUUUAUUGUAUCCAGUUCUUGAGAAUGAUGUGCAGUUAUUCUUUCAUGAGUCUACCAAGAACUUCCACUUUAUAUCAGAUCAUUCGAUUUCGUUUAUUUUCUUACAAAUCAUUCAUCUUCUACGAGUUAAAAUGCUCCCUAUGUUCGAUUAUAUUAUGUAUAAGCAAUGGUCAGGAUCAGGAUUGAAGACUUCUACUAGCACUGGCCAGAACUGCCUCAUCCACAUCGAUCAGUUGCUACAAGACAUAAUUUCCUAUUCGGGUUAGCUCAGUUGCUAUAUCUUGUGUUGUUUUGCUGUAUUGUUCAGAUCUCUUGUUUUUCCGAAUGUAUUUUUUAUGUUGUAUGCGCAAUUCUACUUGAAGGAUGUAUCUUUUGAGUUAUCUGCGACAAAUCUGUUGUUGA